UCCUGAUCUACACUUGAGGCUCGUUCCUAUCACGAAUACUGUCGCCUGUCCGUCGUGGUUCUCAUCGCUACCCCUCUUCUUUUCGCCUUGAACGAACUAGACCGUCCAGUGAAAAGUUCUCCAGCUCGAAUCCUCGCAGCACGAGACCGGUAUCCGCAGACCCCGCCUUGGCCGUCUCAAACGAGCUUCUCGAUUUGUGGCUCCUAGAAUCUUCCUUUCCCGGUCGCUGAUAGACAACCCGGCCCAGGGUGGAUUUGAAAGAAAAUGGUAGACAGGGAGCCAGGUACACCUACCUGGAAGUUCACGCAAUGCUUUGGUGACAAAGGAGAUGUGGAGGACAUUACGGAAGCGGACAUUAUUUCAACCGUUGAGUUUGACCACACCGGAAACUAUCUAGCAACGGGAGAUAAGGGAGGACGAGUGGUUUUAUUUGAGCGGAAUGAAACCAAAAAAACUUGCGAGUACAAAUUCCACACCGAAUUCCAAUCCCACGAGCCGGAGUUCGAUUACCUCAAAUCUUUGGAGAUCGAAGAAAAAAUCAACAAAAUCAAGUGGUGCAGACGGCAAAAUGCGUCCCACUUUCUUCUUUCGACGAAUGAUAAAACGAUAAAGCUCUGGAAGGUGUUUGAUAAGUCAUUGAAGGUUGUUGCAGAGAACAACCUUUCGAGCGAGCUGACCCCUGCGGGUGUCGGUGGUGGAGGGGCUCCCCGUGCGCCCCGUAUAGCGUUCAAGGAUCCAUCCAUGCUGAAGCUCCCACGAAUGACGCAUCAUGAUACCGUCGUGGCAGCCGUACCUCGGAGGACCUACGCGAACGCGCAUGCUUACCAUAUUAACAGCAUUUCCGUCAAUAGCGAUGGGGAAACGUUCAUAAGCAGCGACGAUCUCCGGGUCAACCUUUGGAAUCUUAAUAUUCAAGAUCAAAGUUUUAAUAUUGUGGACAUCAAGCCUGCAAACAUGGAGGAGCUCACGGAAGUCAUUACGGCUGCUGAAUUUCAUCCACAAAGUUGCAACUGGUUCAUGUAUGCCAGUUCAAAGGGCACAAUCAAGCUUGCCGAUAUGCGGCAGCGAGCAUUGUGCGAUGAACACUCAAAGCUCUUUGAGCAAGAAGAGGAUGCGUCGUCCCGUUCUUUCUUUUCCGAAAUCAUUUCAUCGAUUUCCGACGUGCGCUUCUCACACGACGGUCGCUACAUUGUGUCAAGAGAUUACCUGACUGUUAAAAUCUGGGAUGUCAACAUGGAGAAACAGCCUGUGAAGACGAUUCCCAUUCACGAGCAUCUGCGACCGCGUUUGUGUGACACAUACGAGAACGAUAGCAUUUUCGAUAAAUUCGAGGUUGUUUUCUCCGGCGACGCGGAAAAUGUUAUGACAGGAAGUUACAACAACAACUUCAUGAUCUACCCCACAGAUGCUAGCAAGGAAACGGAGAUAGUACUGCAGGCGGACAAGUCUGCUUUCAAGGCGAAGAAGGUUGGCGUUCCAACGCCUAUGAACAAGGGUGCCAACGGGAAGAAGAAUGGCUCCAGAGCUGGCAGCCCUGCUGGUCCUGGUGGAAGAAUGAAGAAGGAGACGGAUGCCGACCAGAUCGAUUUCAAUAAGAAGAUCCUGCACAUGAGCUGGCAUCCUUAUGAGGAUAGCAUUGCUAUUGCUGCCACGAAUAACGUGAGUUUCCCCUUUUUCCGAUUAUCUGGAUGGUCCGUAACUGACUCUGAGGGGCGUACAGCUGUUUGUCUUUUCUGCAUUGUAAGUAUGUGACAAAGUGGCCAUAAUCAUUAAUGGACAGGAAUGUCAGGAUGUGAAUCAAAGAUGGGGCAGAUAUAAGACAAUUAAGGUUCCUAGCAGCAGCAGUCGCAAAUCCAAAAUCAAGUUGCCAGUUCCAGUUUAGCACG